CUUUGUCAAGUCCCCUCGCUACACCAAGCAUGACAUCUUCUCCUGCGUACUCACCACCCUUGCCAGCUGGAGUGUCUCCACUUCCUUCUCCUGUGACUUCAGCUUCUCUUCCACUUGUGCCUUCUGCAACAGUUUCUGCUGUUGCACCACCUCUAACUCCUGCCCCACCUUCUGUUGCCCCUUCAGCUUUUAGUACCUCUGUGUCCCAGUUCUCUACAGCUCCUCCAUUAAGCUCUGCUACUGGCCCUGGUCUUCCUGCUCCUCCCACUUGUCCUCCCAUUUCAGGAUUUUCCAUGUCUUCAACCUAUGACAUUACCAGAGGUCAUGCUGGUCGAGCACCGCAGAGCCCACUGAUGCCAUCGUUUUCUGCACCUCCAGUCACGGGUGUUUUGGCAGAUCCUAUUACUCAACAAGCAACUUCCUCAUCACAUUUGGCUCCUGGAACAGGUUCUACAAUCACUUUUCCUGAGGAACGUGAAGACCCCAGAAUAUCUACUGCCCAAGGUGGAGCACCUGCUGGAGGGCUGUGGGGGUUUAUAAAGGGUGUAGCUGAAAAUCCCAUGGUGAAGUCUGUUCUUGAUAAAACCAAACAUUCAGUGGAGACCAUGAUCACAACGCUGGAUCCUGGCAUGGUUCCCUAUAUCA